ACUGCUUAUAAAAAGGGACUUCACCAUCUUUCAUUCAAUUCACAAAUUGGAUAAAAACCUCUACCUUCAAUUCUCGUUUUAUAAAAUUAGGAAACUGACUUGAGAAGAAGUAGUAAAGGAAGAAGAAGAAGAUGAAGUAUGUGGUGGUUUCAGGUGGAGUAGUGAGUGGACUAGGAAAAGGAGUCACAGCAAGUAGCAUCGGUCUCAUCCUCAAAUCCUGUGGAUUCCGUGUCACCGCCAUUAAAAUCGAUCCUUACUUAAACAUUGAUGCUGGGACCAUGUCACCUAUUGAGCAUGGUGAAGUUUACGUUUUGGACGAUGGUGGCGAGGUUGAUCUUGAUCUUGGGAACUAUGAGAGGUUCAUGGACAUUAAGCUGACCCGUGAAAACAACAUAACUACCGGAAAGGUUUAUAAGCAUGUGCUUGAGAAAGAGAGGAGAGGAGAUUAUCUUGGGAAGACUGUUCAGGUUGUUCCUCAUAUCACUGAUGCAAUUCAAGAAUGGAUUGAGCGUGCAGCUAAGAUUCCAGUUGAUGGACAAUCAGGUCCAGCUGAUGUUUGUGUCAUAGAACUUGGUGGAACAAUAGGAGACAUAGAGUCCAUGCCUUUUAUUGAAGCUCUUGGGCAGUUCUCGUAUCGUGUUGGCUCUGGAAAUUUCUGUUUGAUCCAUGUCAGUCUUGUGCCUGUACUGAAUGUUGUUGGUGAACAGAAGACUAAACCAACGCAACAUAGCGUUAAAGACUUAAGAGGCCUUGGCUUAAGCCCUAACAUCUUGGCUUGCAGAAGCACAAAGCCACUUGAAGAUAAUGUGAAGGCCAAACUCUCUCAGUUUUGCCAAGUUCCGAUGGAAAACGUUGUUACUCUCUAUGAUUGCCCCAACAUUUGGCAUAUUCCAUUGCUUCUCAAAGAACAAAAGGCACACGAGGCGAUAUUGCGUGUCUUGAACCUUGAAGGAAUUGCAAAGGAGCCUGCAUUAGAGGAAUGGUCUGUGAUGGCUAAAAUGAGCGACAAGUUGCACGUUCCGGUAAGAAUUGCUGUGGUUGGGAAGUACACUGAGCUCUUGGAUUCAUAUCUUUCCCUCCACAAGGCUCUCUUGCACGCUUCUGUGGCUAGGCGUAAGAAACUUGUCAUAGAUUGGAUUUCAGCUACUGAUCUUGAACAAGGUGUCAAGAAAGAGAAUCCAGAUGCAUACAAGGCAGCUUGGAAGUUACUCAAGGGUGCUGAUGGUAUUCUUGUGCCUGGAGGUUUUGGGAACAGAGGUGUAGAAGGGAAGAUCCUGGCAGCGAAACACGCCAGAGAGAACAAAGUUCCAUACCUUGGUAUCUGUUUAGGGAUGCAACUCGCUGUGAUUGAGUAUGCAAGAAACGUACUUGGUUUGCCAGAUGCAAACAGUGCUGAACUUGAUCCUAACACCAAGAACCCUUGUGUUGUCUUCAUGCCAGAGGGCUCGACAACUCAUAUGGGAGGCACUAUGAGGUUAGGCUCACGAAGAACUUAUUUUCAAAGCAAGGACUCCAAAUCAGCAAAACUAUAUGGGAACAGAAGUUUUGUUGAUGAGAGACACCGACACAGAUAUGAGGUGAAUCCAGCCAUGGUUCCACGUUUUGAGAGCUCUGGACUCACAUUCCCAGGAAAAGACGAGACUGGUCAGCGAAUGGAGAUCGUUGAGCUACCUAACCAUCCGUUCUACGUUGGAGCUCAGUUCCAUCCUGAGUACAAAUCAAGACCUGGCAAACCAUCUCCUCUGUUCCUAGGACUAAUUGGAGCAGCUAGUGGAGAGCUAGAGAGUGUACUGCAACAAAUCUGCCAAGAAAGCGUCCCCUCACGUCCUCAACCCAAUGGAAAACUGGAGAGAGUUUAUUGGAAAGGCGCUGCAACGAAAAAGCCAGUCAGUGUUGUGUACAGUUUAUGUGAUCAUGUCUACUCAUGAACAUGACUGCAUCAACGAAGAAGACUUCUCUCUAGAAAAAAGAUGUUUUAUCCGAAAGUUUUUAAUGGAUUGCUUUAUCUAUGAAGGAAGAGAGAAGGCUGUACAGUUUUGAAGAUUGGCUUUUUAUGAGUUGGGUUUCUUAAGAUAAUGAAGAAGAAGAACACUAAACACAAGCAGCAUAAGAAGAUAUAUACCUUUGUCUUUUGUAAUCGGUAAUAUUUAGAGAGUCAUGUGACCGACUCUCUCUCUGUUGCUGUGUUUCUUAGAUUCUUAUGUAGUAGUAGUAGUUAGUAUGAUCAAAUCUUUAGCUUUUUGUUGGUUUGUUUUUGUUGUCUUUUGGGUUAUUAUGGUUUAAACAUUUCCAGAGAAGUUUUGAUUUCUCUGUAUGUUAAUGUAACUUCUAUGCUAUUUGAAUGGUUAUGUUAUAUUACUAGC